UUAACUUUCAAGCAGACGAUAAUUUGUUCAAUUGUAAAUGUAAACAUUACUAAAAUAAGUCAAUGUAUUAUACUGAAUUAAAGUAAUACAAAUAAUAAAAUGGCCUUAAAACACGUUGUAAUUGGUGGUGGAACCGGCUGGAUUGGAUCGUGUUUAGUUUCUGCCUUACAAAGUCAAGGAGUAAAAACAACAAUUAUUUCACGAAUGCCUGGUCCGUCUAGAAUAUCUUGGCACGAUUUAGAAAAAAAAGGACUCCCUGAAGAUGUUUCCGAUGUGAUAAAUGUUGCUGGUCAAAAUAUUCUCGACUUUACACAAAAAUGGACUCCGGGAUAUAAACAAAAUGUCUGCAAUAGCCGAAUUGAAACCACAAAAGCAUUAGCAAAAGCUGUUAUUUCUACUAAUGUUAAAAGUUUUAUUACUAUUUCUGGUGUCGCUUAUUAUCCUACAAAUGAAAAAGAAUAUAAUGAGGAAGAUAAAUGCGAUCCAUAUGAUUUUUUAUCAAAAUUGUGUCACAGUUGGGAAGCUGCUGCCAAACUUCCCGAGGAUUGCAAAACUCGAAAUGUAAUUAUAAGAUCUGGAGUUGUUUUAGGAAGAACAGGAGGUAUGAUACAACAAAUGAUCUUUCCUUUCUUUUUUUGUGUCGGCGGAAUCAUGGGAAGUGGAAAACAAUACAUGCCUUGGAUUCAUAUUCAAGAUCUUGUCAGUUUAUUUCAACAUGCAAUAGACAAUGAAAAUAUAAAUGGAAUUUUAAAUGGCGUUGCUCCUCAAAUUAUUACAAAUCAAGAAUUUACAAAGGAAUUUUCAUCGGCUUUGGGGGUACCAGCAUUUAUUCCACUUCCUUCUAUGGCAGUAAAUUUGCUUUUUGGACAAGAACGUGCGAAAAUUGUUCUAGAGGGUCAAAAAGUCAUUCCUAAGAGAGUGCUCGAAUCAAAAUUCAAAUACAAAUUUCCUGAUAUUCAAAGUGCUUGUAAAAAUUUUGCAGUAUUACGCUAUUCGGAACCGUUUUAAGAAGGUAUUCAUUAAUUGUAGUAAUAUUUAUUUAUUCAAAUUUAAAAACAAUAUGUAGAACGUAAAAUUUGAGACAUAAUAUCAAUAUUGUGUGCUUUAAUUAUUAUAUUUUUUAAAUGUAUAUGUUACUGUUAAUAAUAACUUUUUAUUACAAAAAACUCA